UCGUCUCAAUCAAGAGUUUGAGCAUUGGAAACUAUUAAAGAAGAUUGAUUGAUCAUUGUUGUAUUUUACUGUCGCAUAGUUUACUUCACAGCGUACGAUAUGUCUAGUGAAUUUGAACCAGAAACCUUAUAUGACGUGGUUGUAGUACACCGAGAAAAUGAUGUUGGCGUAGUAACACUGCAGUUAUUUCAGCUAUACACUCUCCGUAAACUUGGUCGCCCUUUCAAACCAGUCAUACCCUUUGGUCCUCACCUCUUCGGAAGUGGGAAGACAAAAUUCGUACAAAGUUACUUGGAACUGGUGAAUAAUAUGGGUGAAAGUGCACUGAUAGGUCUCGAUUACGUUUGUGAGUCUGAGAAGGCCAACCGAAGAGGUUUCUUGGAGAAAUUAAAAAGGGCUUCGUUGCUUUAUGUGGAUUUAAGGGAGAUGAAGCCAACUCGACCCAUCGAAGAAAAACGCAACCUAAAGUGGGCAGUCUACUAUUUAUUGUACCGAUCAGCUUGUAAUCAGAUGGGUCUACCGUUUAUGAAGCCUGACGAAGCCUACAGACACAUUCCUCCCUAUCCAAGCUUUCUAAUUCCGGAGCUACGGAAGACUUUUGGCAUUCCUUCCGAUCAAUUUCUUUUGAUUGACAGUGGUGUGUUUGGAUUGUCCAACGGCUUUCUCGGUAUUGUUCGGCAUUCAAAUAUAUACAAUUACGUAGCUUCAGUCUCAAGGGUUCAGUUAGUGUUUAUUCCUCUUGCGCCGCUUGAGAACCAUAGUAUCGUGGAACAUUUGGAGAAAAGUUCUUCCUUUUUAUUCACUGGGAGCCCAAAGUUUUCAGAAAUUCUUUGUCACGAAGACUUCUCAACUAGUGAACUUGCAGAAUUGUUGUUGGAAUUGACUGGUGGUGUUCCUGGUUUACUUGUUCGAGCAAUCAGUUACCUUUUGCUGUAUAAAUCAUCCAACAACAAUUUCUUAUUAUCUAAGGAAACCUUCUUGAUCAUAAUGAAUGAUCUUUCAGUAACAAAUUAUUGUGUUGCGCCAUUCUUACCUCGUCUGAUAAGUCUCAGUGAGCAGCGUAAGCGCUUGUUAAGAAUGCUUACGUUAUUAUCUUUGUAUCGUAUUCGAUUUGAUUUUGAUGAAACUGUGCAAAUAAGCUCAAAUUCUGAUGUGUUUUUGUUUGAUCUAGUUACAGAUAUGUGUCUCUAUCGUCGUUUGGUUAUAGAACCAGACCGCAACGAACGCUACGAAGUGUUGAUUCCCAAGUUACUGAUUGAAUAUAUUGACCAAGGCUUAAAGGAUGAUCGUUUAGAAUGGUUACUUUUACAAACUCUCAAGUCUCAAUCUGUUGAAUUCUUUUAUGAGUCGAAAUGUCGAAUUUUGGAAGGUCUUAUUGCUACACUGUUUUAUUUACAUUUUUGUCGGCAUCCUACAAACAGCUCAAUGUUUUCUACUCUUGGUCAAUUGUCUCGUGUUUGGAAUGAAAUGAGUUUGCAAUUUUCUUCCGAAUCUGCUGCUUAUUAUAUGAAAUCUAUACAUUAUACCAGAACUGUAUCAGGAACAGAGAGAAUGACAUUUGGAAGCAAUGAUGAAUGGGAAAGGAUAGUGGAAGAAAUGUUAGAAUUUGAAAAGAUAUAUAUUCCAUUUCAUUCAACAUCCCAUAUUCCAGAUAUAUUAUUCAAGUUGCAUGGAAGAACGAAUGAGAAGAACUUGAUGAUUGUGAGUAUUGCUUGUAAAGGCCGAUGGAGUCGUAAUGGUAUUCUAUGGAAUGAAAUUUUGGAAGAAGCUCACAAGUUUUUGAAACCAGUGCAUGAUCAAGUAUUGACUAGUCAUCCUACAUGGCAUUGUAUGUUGAUUAUUAUGAGUACCAAGUUGGCUACAAAUGUAUCUGAGGACGUGAAUCAUUCUUGUCGUUGUUAUUCAUCUGGCGAUGGUGUUGGAGAUUUCUUGAUUCCUCACAACUGUGAAUUGGUUAUUCUUUCUGAAGCCGACGUGGAAAACUUUAUUGCCAAAGAUAUUUUAUUGAAUGUAAGUAACGCUUUCAAGUCUGUGGAUAAUCCGCAUUCGAGAAAUAUUGGCAUUUCAACACUACAAGAAAUAGUUUCAUCUCGUUUCAAGAAUAUUUAGGAAUGUCUUAUUCUUUAUUGAAUGCUAAGUUGUUAGCCGCGAAAUAUUGAAAGUUCUACAUUUUGUGAAGGAAGUGGGUUCUUAACCUUGUAUUACAUGAAC